AUGAAUAUCACUUAUUAAACAGGUAAAAUAUUAGUAACUAAAUUUUUUAUCAAUUUAGGGCAAUCAACAACACAGCCAGAGGAAAAUAGUUAAGGGCGUAUAAAUAUUGAUAAUAGUCUGUAUAACUCUACUGCCUAUCAUAGCAAUAACAUAUUCAAAAAUGAAACUGAAAGUUCCUACACGGUAGAGCCUAAAAAGAUAAUAAACUUUAGGAAAUUCAAGAAAACCACACAUUAUUACAAGACCUCGUAUUCGAAACUGAAUUAAUAAUUUGACCAUGGUGGAAGUAAAGAUAACUUACUAGGAGAAUUAAUGUAAGAGCAGUAGAAUUAGAAAUUUUAUCAUUAAGAAAUUGAUAAUGUAACUGUUAAUCAGAGAUUCUCCUAAUAAGUAAACAAGCAAUUUGUAGAUACUGCUUUAAGAGCAUCAACUUCUCAGUUUUAAAAUCCUAUAUCACGAUCUUAAGAAAGAAUUAAUCAUAUCAGCUUUCCUAAUCUUAAGUAGAGACAAUAAGAAAUUAUUAACCGCUCAUCAAUUACUUAAAACACUAUGUUUCGAAAAGCUAGUAAACUUAACUACGAAUUAGAAUAAGAUAAUGCCAAUUAAAAUAACGCAUAUUCAAGGAAUUAGGUACAUCUCAGAUCCGUUUAAAGGCAGUAAUUAGAGUCAAGAAUUUCUAACACAAGUCCAUUUCAAAAAACAUAAAACUUAAACACUAGUACUUAAAAUAUGAAUAUGUCUAAUAUGAUUGACAAAAGAGUAACAUAGAGUAGAAUUGCUUCUAAGUCUCAACAAAUGAUUGGUAGGAUUGCAAAUAAAUCUAGAAUACUGAAUCGAUUGCCGUUUUACAAAGUGACUGGAGAUAAUUCAGUAGAUCUGUAAAAAUCUGUAUACCCUUUCAAUAAAUCAUUGAUCACCUAUUAAGUCAAUGAAAAACUUAAUGAUGAAGAAGGAUUUAACAGAAGCUUAGAAUUCGCAAUGAAAGUAGAGGAAGUAAAUACUUCUGGCAAGCAUAAAGUUGAAGAUAGACUAGGGAGAUUCGAUGCUGAUUUCAGAGGCAAGGUAGGAAUGCUAGACGUUGCUCUUAAUAGCUACAUGAAUGAAGCUAAGCAUGAAUUUCUAAUUAAGCCCUCUCCUUAUCAUACCAGAGAAGAGAUUUAGAAAUACAUUGAUCUUGGGGUUAAGAAUGAAGAAAAAGGCAAAAAGAUAUUCAAUCAAGGAAAGAUAUCAGAUUUUGACAUUAUCAAAGUAAAAAAGGUGAGCCACUUCACUGAUCAUUAAGGAAACUAUCUUACUAAAACAGGGCACAAGAUUGAUGACUUUAGUCUGUAAAAGCAUUAGAAGCAUGUUGGAAUAAGUAGUCUUUUGAAAAAUGAAUGGAGUCGAAAUCAAAACUCAGUUGCAUAAAGUAUGGGUGGCCAUAGAUUACCAAUUAAAAGAGAACUUCAAACAGCUGGUAUUAAGAAUUUUCAAAGCUCUUAAAAUAAAUCAGUAACUGAGCAAAUAUCCUAGUUUUCUCAAAAAUUAAAAAGAUUGGGGUCAAACGAACCUGUCAUAAGCCCCAAUAAAAUGUCAUUAUUUUACCAAAGCACUUAGAGUCCAAGUAAUAGGAGCCCAGUCAAGGUACAGGAUGUCAAGAAAAGACAAGAAAUCAAAGAUGAAAUACUUAGGUCUGAGUUAGACAUAUAAAGUUAACUUUUUGAAGAUGACAGAGAAACUCAUAGUAUAUUAUCAAAGUCAUCAGGACUGACAUAACACACAAAUCUAGUAAUGAAUCUGGGAAAAGUAAAACAUCCCCAGGAAUUGGCAUUGAUAGAGUUCAUUUAAAAAUGCGAGAAAGGAUUGCAACUUCCAUUCAGCUUAAUGAACUGUCUAAAGCUAAAUGAAGAAACUGGAUUUUAACCUCAUUUAGUAUUAGAUUUCAGAUUGACGGAGCCGGCUGCUAAAGGUGUAGCCAAAGCUAUUGAGAUUUUAAAUGACAAAUUAGUUAGUGUGGAUAUGAAGAAUAUUGACUUAUCAGACUAGAACAUGAGUUCCAUACUUGAAGGAAUAAAGAAAAAUCCCUAUAUACAGAUACUGCAAAUAUACGGUUGUGAACUUGGAAAUUUAUCAACCUAGAAGCUUUGUGAAAUACUUGAGCAAUCAUACCUAGUAUAUUAAGAUGACUUAAUAGAGAGUAAGGAGCAGUCUAAAGUAUUACUGCUGAAGAAACUUUAUCUAAAAGAUUGUAAAUUCAAAAACAAGAACAUAGAACCAGUUACUGCACCUUUGAGCUACAAAACAUUCUACCCAUUUGAGGACUUAACUUUAUCAUAAAAUAAGAUAUAAAAAGUAGAAUCAUUGAUUAAGCUUAUUAGUAAUUCAGAUUGCCUUAAAAACUUAGAUUUAUCCUUCAACUAGUUUAAACUUGUUGAUACGGAUGCCUUAAUCUCUUCUUUUUCAAUGAGCAAUCUAAAAAUGCUGAAUUUAAGUUUCAAUCAUCUUAGUAAAUUCGCACUUUAAUAGCUAUCUGAACUUAUCAGAUAUUCUUGGACGCUUAUUGAUAUAGAUUUAGCACUUACUGGCAUCGAUAGUCUUCAAGAAGAUAUAAUUAGUAUGAUGAUGAUGGCUAGGGAUUCUCAAACUUUAUAAGCAAUCCAUUUAACUGGUAAUAAUCUUAAACCUGACACACUUAAAAGGAUAAGAGAAAUUCUAUAGAUUGAGCCACACACAAUCAAAAGAAGGAUGGCAAUGGAGAAUGUUUUGGAUAUCAGUAAUAACGAUUUGAUGGUAAUUUAGUAAAACGCCACAAUUCAAGAUUCAAGCGUGUCAAGGAGUUAAGAAUCACUGCAAAUGUUUAGGCAUCAGGAAGUCGUUCAGCAUUCCUAAAAGGCUUAAUCAAACUAUGUUUAAAUCAGCGAGAGAUUAGUAUUCCAUAGAAUUUUAGGUCAUCCAGAAAUUCCACUCUCAAAUCAGUGGUGUGAGAGUGAGAACUGCUGGAUUUGUUAGAAAUUCAACUAUUGCUUAUUUUUCUAUUAGACUUAGGAUGAUUAUCAUGAUUAGAAUGUAUUUUUACCAGUUUCAUUCAAGCCAGAGGGUUAUAUUCAUAUGUAGAAGGUUGAAGACUUUCUCGACGAACUGGGUUCUAUUGCAGUUCACAAGAGUAACAAUUGGUAUGAAAAUAUGUUCAAAAGACUAAAGUAUAAGAAUCCUCAUAUUGUCCUGGACAUAAUCGACAAGGAUUUUUAUAUACUCCAAAAAAAAUAAUGGUGGAUAGGUGCUGAUUUCAUCGAACCCAAAAUAGUGCAUACUAUAAUUGUUGACGAGGUUGAAUCAUAAUUCACGAUUCCACUUAGAGUCUUCGAUGUCAGAAUUUGCUUCAAGGAUUAUCAAAAUGAACUUUUAAAAUAAUCAGAAAUUCAAGCUGAAGUAAUAGACCCUCGUAAAUUAACUAAAGAAGAAAUUUAGAUCCUUGAAUAGAGAUAAAACUAUCCACUAUUCAAACUCAGAGAAAACAUCUAAACCCAAAGAUAAUCAGACUCUCCAGAUGCCUCACCCAUUGCAAGCAAAUUUAAAAUGUUUGCCUAGUACAAACAUGAUGAAAGUGAUCAUAUAUCAAAGUGCUUUGAUACAGACUUUAGAUAUUCUUCCAUUACAUCCUUGGUGGAAAAUUCUUCACAAAUGCAAAGGUUAGAAAGAUUCUGCGAUAAAUAUAAACUUUUGACAAUUAACAAUUUCAAAGCAAGUGAUACUCUGUAGACCACUCAGCAGUCUGAAUUUUUUAAAUAAAGCAUUUUAAAGGAUUUGUAUAAUAAGACUUUUCGAGGAAAGCAAUAAGCCUCUAGCGGCUAAAACAGUAGACUCAAUCAGAUUUAACUCGGAGAGGCUAAGUAAUAAAAUAAUUUAUCUCCAUUAUUGCUUAAAGAGUAGUCAUUGCCAGUGUAGAGUGACAACUAUGCGCACAUGAUUCAACUAAUUAAGAAAAACAAGGUUGAAAAACUAUGCAGAUUCUAAUUCCUAGAGAUGAUAUUUAGAAUAGCUCUGAAGACCUCAACUGGGCUAGAUUCAUAUACUGCCAAUGAGAAGUUUAUUAGCCUUAUGCUUAUCCCCUAGUGGGAUCAUCCUAAAUUAAAUGAGGAAAGAUUGAGAAACUUAUAAACCCUAGAGAUUGAUUAAGUACUAAAAUCUCAUUAGCCUGUCCUUAAACAUGUUUUCAAUACAACCCAGAUCAAGAGCCUGGUGAGUCUAGAUCUAAUAACUAAAUUUAUGCUGAAAGUAUUCCCAGAUUAGUUAGCAAAGAAAGAUAUUCAAAAAUGCUUCAUUUUAUCAAAAAAGUAUGUAUUGUUUUCCCUUGAUGUAUAUAGAUUUGUUAUUGAUGAGUAAGAGGAAUUCGAUAAGUAUUUUACUAUGGAAAUGAGAGAAUUUUAUGAAUUCUUAGUGAGAAUUUCAAUGAUAGUGAUUGAGGAGGACUGGCCCCUAUUUUAUCUCGAUAAAAUAUUCAAACACAAUAUCAUCCGUAAAUACAAGCCAGGUGAAAGUGUGAAUCUCGAUCAUAUGAGGUCUCUUUGUCAGUAUUUCGGAGACCCUCAGAAAAAGUUCAAGAGCAUUCAUAUUUCUGGUACUAAUGGAAAGGGAACUGUGAGUCUGAAGACAGCAAAUAUACUAUACAAAGCAGGAUUCAAAAUAGGUUUGCUAACUUCACCGCAUAUCUCGACAUUUAGAGAGAGGAUCACAGUGAAUCAUGAAAAGAUGACUUAGGAUUAACUAGUCGACUACGCCGAUAUGGUUUUCAGAGCAGUUAAUGCUAAGAGGAUGGAGGCUACUUUUCACGAGUUAGUCACUCUAAUUGCAUUCCUACACUUUUCAGAAUUAAAUGUUGAUUACGGAAUUCUAGAGUGCGGGUUAGGAGGAAGAUUAGAUCCAACAAAUGUAAUUGAGAAACCUGUCGUUACAGCAAUAACAUCAAUUGCAUUUGACCAUAUGGAAUACUUGGGUUCAAAUCUUGAGAGUAUUGCAGCUGAAAAAGCAGGAAUAAUUAAGCAUGGGGUGCCUGUGAUCAUUGGCCCGACUGUAGUUUAAGACUCUGUCUAUUGUAAGGCCAAGGCUAUGGAUGCAAAAAUUGUAGCAGUAAAGAGGAAAAAUUUCAUCAAGUCUAAUGAUGAGAUAGUUAAAAAAAUAAUAGAAAACCUUAGUAUAAACUUAUAGCCUCAUGAAUUCGACUCAGGCCUUAAAAUCAAUAUUCCUUGUAGGAUGGAGUAACUUUCUAAGGAGAUGGUUUAAGGUAUUAUCAAAAGCAAAAACCCUCCUAUUGUCUAUUUGGAUGUGUGCAGCAACCCUUAAGCCACAAAAAAUGUCAUAACUGAGAUUUCAAAUCGCCAUCCCAUGAAAAAAAUUUAAGCAAUAUGUGGGUUCCAAAGAAACAAAGAUAUGCUGAGCAUGCUUCACUAUUUAGCAACUCAUAAAAAUUUAAGAUCUAUUUGCCCUAUCACCCUUGACCAUGAGAGUGUUACACCAAUCAAUGAGUAUAAAGUCAAAGUUCAGGAAGUUUAAAAACUCAUAAACUCUUUUGAGAAAUCCUCAGUUUUCUUAGAACCAAUACAAGAAGGCCAUCUGUCUAAUACUCUCGAAUAAGCAUUAAAGCAAUGUCAUAGUAACAAGGAUAUAUUACUAGUCUGUGGUUCGUAUAACAUUAUGCAUGAUGUAAGAUAAUUUUUCAAAUUUGAUGAAGAAUAUGACUCUCAAAUCUUCUCACACUUUUGA